CACACAUUGUUUAAAAACAUUUUUUCGCUAGCGAAACGUGAGUUGGAAGGAUUUAAAUAUGGGACGCAAAGCAGAAUAUAGUGAAAAACAAAAGAAGGGACCCGGUCGUAAGGCCCGAAAACAGGGACCACCCAAGUUUCCAAAGAAAUCAUUCGCGCCGCUUGACGAUGAGGACAAGCGACUAUCGCACCGUCAAAAACAACGUGUGGCUAAACGGGAACAAAAGAAAGUAGUGCAGAAAUCUAAAUUGAAGGAGAAACGUACUCAACAGCCCCGUAGGCAAAAGGAAUAUAACAGCGAAAGCGAGCCCGAAGAGAAGCAACAGGCGGAGUCUUCGGACGAGGAAGUCCCAGAACUUGUGCCAGUCAAAAAAAACAAUUCAAAUGGUUUCACAGAUGAUAACAAGGAUUGGCUAAAGCUAAAAUUAAAAAAGCCACAAAAAACGAUUAAGAAACAUUCAGAUGAGGAAGAUCUAGAUGAAGAGCAAGAGUCUGAAAAUGAAUUUGAAGCUGGUUCAGAUGGGGAACUAGAGGAAGAGGAUAAUGAAGGGACAGAUGGGGAAGAGGAAGAGUCUAUCGACGACGAUGAUGGUGAUGCUCAAGUUGGUAAAUUGGACGAUCUUUUUGAUGAUGACGAGGGCAACUCCGAACAAGAUGUAGACAGUGAAAAUGAUGAAGAAUGUGCCACUGAUGAUGAUGAUGAUGACGAUGAGGAUGAUGAUGAUGAUGAUGACGACGACGACAAGUUGCCAAUUGAGCGCGCCAACAAAAAACUGAAGAAGCGUCAGGACAAGGAUGCAAAAUUGGCUCAUGAGGAGAUGCAAAUGUCUGUCGAUCAGGCUGAAGUGUUCCAUUUGCCUGAACCCGGUGAAGACGCCGAUAAGGAGUUGUCAUUACAGGAUGUUCAGCAGCGCAUUAAAGAUAUUACACAGGUGCUCUCGGACUUCGGCAAGUUUCGGGAGGAAGGUCGCUCACGCAGCGAGUAUGUAGAUCAGCUGCGUCAGGACCUGUGCUUGUACUACAGCUACAAUGAGUUUCUCAUGUCCAAAUUAAUGGAUAUAUUUAAGUUAAGCGAUCUGAUGGAUUAUUUAGAGGCUUCAGAGGUAGCGCGACCGUUGACCAUCCGCACAAAUUCGUUAAAAACACGUCGCCGUGACCUCGCUGGUGCGUUAAUAAAUCGAGGUGUUAAUCUUGAUCCGCUGGGCAAGUGGACAAACGUCGGCCUUGUAAUUUUCAACUCAACGGUUCCGUUGGGCGCCACGCCUGAGUAUCUGGCAGGACAUUAUAUGGUUCAGGGCGCAUCCUCUAUGCUGCCAGUAAUUGCGUUGGCUCCACAGGAGAACGAACGGGUGUUGGACAUGUGCUCUGCACCAGGCGGCAAAGGCUCACAUAUAGCAGCCGUUAUGAAGAACACGGGUGUGCUGUUUGCGAACGAUGCAAAUAGGGACCGCAUCAAGGCCGUUGUGGCCAACUUUCACCGUUUAGGGAUUGUGAAUGCGGUUGUCAGCUGUGAAGAUGCCACUAAGUUCCGAAAUAUAAUGACGGGCUUUGAUCGAGUGCUGCUCGAUGCGCCCUGCACAGGCACCGGCGUUGUCUCCAAGGAUCCGAGUGUUAAGACUACCAAGUCAGAGAUUGAUGUGCAACGUUGUUAUAAUUUGCAGCGCAAGCUUUUGCUCACUGCCAUUGAUUGUGUGGAUGCAAAAUCAGCCACUGGCGGAUAUAUAGUGUAUUCCACUUGCUCCGUCCUGCCCGAGGAGAACGAGUGGGUCAUUGAUUAUGCUCUUAAGAAGCGUAAUGUAAAGCUAGUGCCCCUUGGAAUUGAUUUUGGUGAGCCUGGUUUUACCAAGUUCCGUCAGCAUCGCUAUCACCCAAGCUUACAUUUGAGCAAGCGGUUUUAUCCACAUACAAACAAUAUGGAUGGCUUUUAUGUGGCCAAGCUGAAAAAGUUUUCGAACACCAUUCCUAUAACCAAAGAGGAGCAGGAAGCGGAUGAGAAGCAACUUGACGAAGCAAUUGCAUCAGAUCAGGCCGAGCCAAAUACGGCAGCAGAUAACGAGGAGGAGACAAUAGCCCCCGAAGCACCACGCAAAACGCUCGGAAAACGAGCUGGAAAGCCAAGCCUAACAGAUGUGGAACAAGACCUAAAAAAGAAAAAGCUUGAAAAAGCUAAGACAAAAUAUGUAGCCAAGGUGUUUGAAAAGCCCAUCAAAAUGACGAACAAGAUAAGUAAAGAGUCAACGUCGCCUGUUGCAGAUACGCCUAAGGUCAAAAAAGAGCAGAAUUUGACCAUUUUACAAGAGUCACCAUCGAACGGCAAUAAAAAAGAGAAAAGCGUAAAAAAAGAACAGCAACCGGAGGCCCAAAAAAAUGGACAAAAGCCAAGCAGCAAGGCGCAGCCGCAACACAAAACUAAGCUGACUAAUAAGCUCUCACAGGCGCCGCGUGUGGAUGUGGAUGAACUACCAUUGCUGGAGGGUAAGCCCAUUAAAAAGCAAAAUAAACUUAAGCAAAAGUCCAAACAGCUGGGACAGUUGAAAAAAUCCAAGAAGCCAGUGGACAGAAAACAAAAGUUAAACAAAUAAGCAUAAAUCAUUCUAAUUUCUAUAGUUUAAUUGAAAUAUUUUGUUGGGUAAGUGUCAAAGCUUUUUAAGCUGUGCAUAUCCAAUUAUUUGUUUUUAUAAUAAGAACAAAACAGUUGGAUUUUAAAUAUAUUUA